GGGUUUAAUACUCCGAAAAUAUGUUGAAAAUGUUGAGUACUUUAUUGUAUUGUAGCUUUAUGUCUUGGGUCUGCUCGCAAAAUGUGAUAACCCGCAUUCAUUCUGAUGAACUAGCGAACGAUUGCAAAAUUGGUAAGAGCGUAUCGUUGCUUAACUGCGACGGAGAUAAACAGAUCGGAGACACAAUACCGGUCGGAGUGACGUGUGUGCUACAACAUGGAUAUAAAAUAUACAGGGUAACUUGUAGUCCAGAAUUAGAUCGUCACAGACGUUUUCUUGGAGCUCUUGGAAACGUUGUUGAGGACGUUAUUGGAGACGUUGGGAACGUUAUUGGAGACGCUGUGGACGAUAUCGGCCGUGGCUUAUUUGGAGCUGUUGGAAACUUCAUUGGAGGUGGUGUUGGAAACGUUAUUGGAGAUGUUGAGAACGUUGUUGGAGGUGUCGGAAACGUUAUUGGAGGUGUUGGAAAAGUUAUUGGAGAUGUUGAUGAAUUCCUCGGCGAUACGGUUACUAGUAUCUUCUGCUUGUUUUUCUGUCCAGAGCCAGAUCCGCCAAACACACCGCCAAGACUUGUACAGCCUGGAAUAGUUGAUCCCGUGAUUUACAUCCCUAAAGGCGACACAAACGCAUCUGUAAGCUGGAAGCAGCCCACUUUCCAAGACAAAGAAGACGGCGGAAGUAUUCGAAUGGAGGUGAUUCCACCGACUUAUACUAACGGUGGGAAAUACAAAGAAGGGACUCACAUUGUGUAUUUCGUAGGUUAUGAUACACAUGGGUACAGUGCUUAUACGAGCAUAACGUUCAAAGUCCAAGCUAUACGAUGUGCACCGUUUUCACAACCUAAGAACGGCAUGUUAAAAUGCAGCAACGUAGAUAUCGUAGAAGGAACAAUUUGUGAAGUAAACUGUUAUGACGGUUACGAGAUUCCUCCCCAACAACGUAAGAUUGAGUGCUUACGCAAGGGUGACAACGGGCAACCGUCAAAUACUACAACGGAUUGUAAACCCAUUAAAUGCACUAAGGGACCAACAAUAGUGCACGGAACACUGAGUAGCGCUGACGGCCAACGGAUUUUCACAGGAGUGUACGACGCCGUGUGUGACCCGGGUUAUUAUCCCAAAUCAUCAGGCAGCACGACUUGCAACGAAAAUGGAGAGUGGACAAAGGUUCCAGAAUGUUACGAUGUUGAAGGACCAUCAUUUCCCGACUCUGAAUGCCCUAACGAUAUCAUAGUACUGAUUGAUGCCGCGAACAACACAGCCAUGGUUAACUGGGCCUUGCCGAAGGGGAAUGAUAAUUCGGGAGAGCCUCCAAUUAUAAUAGAGGAGAAUGGAUUUGUCCCGCCUAUGCGUUUUGAUGCAGGAAACCACUACGUGAAAUAUUCUAUAAACGAUAAUGCAGGAAACGUUGGUUCAAGCUGUAUUUUUCAUGUAACCGUUGAAUCAAUCAGUUGUAAGCCACCACUUCUGAAUCCAAAUACUACCCGUGAAGACCGUAUGGUGUACACCUGCCCCUCUCUCUACACUGUCGGGUCAACAUGUGCACUUUCAUGCAAGAACGGAUAUCCAAGAGCAGGUACCGACACAAUUCAGUGCGACUUUGACUUAAACGGCGAUCCAAACUGGAAGUGGGCAGGUUUCAAACCAUUUUGCCAAGAAACGAAUUGCACGAAACCUUCUCCGCCAGGGAAUGGCGCCAUUGCUUGUGCUCAAUGGACGCUCGGUCAGACGUGUCAGAUGCAGUGUCAUAAAGGGUGGGACAUUCCGUACCAUUCGAACGGGGUUUUUACUUGUAGUACUUCGAACGGAAUAUGGCUCCCACAGCCCAGUGGUGGGCAGGAAUUAGUGCCCGACUGUUCAAGGCAAAUCAGAAAUGACAGGAUGCUUCUUAAUCUUCCGUCGCAGUUGUUUUAUUACACAUACGCGUGUAAUAGUUCAGAAGAGAAUCUGCUUCAAAUCCAAAACAACUUCAUCAAGGCACUGAACGCAUCUGCAUACCGGGAUCUUUGUUUAAAUGAUACAAGCUGCGAUGCCAGAUUUGUUCACGUCACGUGCGGGUCCGUCUCAACACAUCGGAGAAAACGUUCUGCUUCGGACCAAGCAUAUAAAGUUGAAUUUGUACUAGUUACACUGUUUGAAUUGAAAGUAGGCCAGACCGAAGUUUCUCGUCAUCAGAAAUUAGAGGCCAUGCUGUAUGACAUGAUCGAUAAGCUGACCUUGGAAGUUGACAGUGGUCUUUUUAAUAUACAUGCACUUACAGUUAAUUCAAGUUCUCUAUAUGUGGGAGAUGUUGAAUUUGAUUGUCCAAAUGGCACACGUUCUAAAUCAACCACUCCACUUUGUGUUGGAUGCUCAUCGGGUUACUUUAUGGAUGAAACCAGGACUUGUCAAUUGUGUCCUUAUGGUUCUUACCAGAAUGAAUCAAACUCGUUUCAGUGCGUCGCAUGCCCACAAAAUACGAACACUACAUCUCAGGGAUCGAAAUCAUUAAACGACUGUAGAGAAAGGUGUGAGCCAGGCACGUAUUCAUCAACGGGUCUUGAGCCAUGUGCGAAGUGCCCGAUAUCCCGUUACCAGUCCGAUUAUUACAGCACAAACUGCGCAAGAUGUCCGCCCGGAUUAAGGACAUUUAAAGAAGGAGCUACACGCAGUUCCGAUUGUGGUGCAUACGACAUCAAAAUAAUAGAAGACAACCUACUGAAGUUCACAUUUAACAGUGAUUUCCCCGAAGUGACACUCGUGUAUUGGGUAUAUACAACGUCUGCACUGACCCUUACCUUCACUAGCGCCGACAAAUCGCUCAAUAUUUUGGUGAAUACGUCAACAUCCAUUGACGUGUUGCUUUCAGGACAGAGAAUUGUAACCUCAUCAAAAAGUAUGACAAGUCAUGCGUGGAGUUUCGUUGCAAUGGUACUCAGCGGCUCGCAACUGACCAUGUAUAAUAACGGCGACCGUCUGUUUACUAAAGCAAUCCAGAGUGCUAGAGAAAGCGCGAUCAAAUUCAACGAUCAUCUGAUAAUUACCGGAGACGGGUUGAUUUCCUCACCAUACAUACUAUCGGGCAAAAAGACUGCAGACGAGAUAUCCAAACUGAAAGAGUCCAACACAUGUUUAUUGAAAUUCACGUCCUUUCUGUACGACCCAGAUUUCUUCUCCAAAGGCACACACCACACGAUGCUGAUUUCGUCCAAAUGCGACUCACAGGACGAAUGUUCUAACAAUCCAUGUGGCAACAACACGUGUGUAAAUAAGCUCGAAGACUUUGAAUGCAUAUGCAGCAAUGGAUACAGUGGAAAGCAAUGUGAGGUUGCUCCAGAUUACUGUGCCUCAAAUCAAUGUCAGAAUGGAGCCACGUGUAUCAACGGUCAACACAACUACACGUGCCAAUGUUCUUAUGGAUUAUAUGGCCCAUUUUGUAACAUGAAAGCAGUUGAUGGCAAAUGGUCGGAAUGGGGCGUUUGGAGCGAAUGUUCAAAGACAUGCGGCGGUGGAAUCAAAACACGCAUUCGAUAUUGCACAAAUCCGCCGCCUGAUCCUGAGGGGAAUAUGUGCCCUGGAAUAGACACAGAGUCCCCGACAUGCGCCCUGGAUGUUUGUCCAAAAUGCAGAUCAAUAUACCAAACGAUUGGAUCAUCUCUAAACUGCAAUAAAACCCAAGACGGUCUUCAAACUUGUUUUGUCAAAUGCCAGCCAGGAUAUUUUUUUGCCACACCUCCGCUCGAAUCGUAUCAAUGCGGACCUGGUACGAAUUAUAUAUGGACCCAUGAGACGGACGAAAAUCCGCUCGCAAAACUCCCGAAAUGCGAGAGGGCUAAUCCACCGGAAAGUAUGACAGGGCGAUUUUCGAUUCCAACGGAUGUUCCGUGUUCCGUCGAAAACUUGGCGAUAGUUAAGGAGGCAAUUGAUGAACGGUUAAAGUCCGCACAAUGUGUGAUGAACGGUAAUUGUACGCAGUUAGUUAAGACCAACUGCGAACAGUCUUCAAGGAAGCGCCGUGCGACAGAGACACUUGGAAUAAUAAUUGAACUUCAGGCGCAGUUGCCGUUUGAUGGAUCAGGUCUCAAUGUUGAUGCCAUGGUCAAAGGGAAAGGGCCUUCUGCUGAUUUAAUACGGCUCUUGUUGGCUGUGGCCUAUUUAGAAAACACGACGCAAACUCUUUUCAACAAGUCAGAGUCUAUGUUCGAAUUAACAAUCGGCGGUAUAACGUACAUCACAGACAAAACAAGCGUCAUCGUUACUCCGUCUGUCAGAUGUCCGAGUGGAAAAGUGCGAAUGCAAUAUUUGUGUGUGACAGUCCCUGCCGGUUCAUUCGCCAACGGCGUGAAUGCGGUGGCGUGCCCUAAAGGUACCUACCAGGAAUUACCAGGACAAGUUAAAUGCACAGCGUGUCCUGCUGGUACCACGACUGAAGGCAUUGGCUCAGAAAGUCCGACGGAGUGCUCCAUUAUGGAUUCUGAGUCUGCAAUGCCUGGUAGAACGCCUUCUAACAUGGUACCGAAGCAACAAAUCACUGAGGGAAAAGACACAGACAACGCUGCUGUUAUUGCGGGAUCUGUUACCGCGGCAAUUGUUGUGUCCGCAGCUUUGGUGAUCACCGGAUUGUUGGUGUAUAAAUACAAGACCAAUAAACGCUUACGUAAGGUACGACAAAGUGAUGCCAAUUUGCAUACAUUUGAUCUGUACAACCUGCCUGUCAAAAAUGAGACGAUGAUGCCUGGCAAAGACACGUUCAUGAGCAGAUACAAUUUUUAAGCCCUACAACUGUUGAAUGACUAAGGAGGCGAUACACCGAUUCAAAUGUCCAGCAUAUAUACUACUCUACAUUACUCCUAAACAGCCUGUACACCUGACCAGUUUUUAAAAAUGUAAACCGUUUUUGUAUUAACCAUGAUUGGUUUUGAGUCAACUUCCCCUUUAUUAACUGUGAUAAAUUCUCUAUGAAGCCUUAAUAUUUGGACAGUUUAAUCCACCGAUUAUAACAAAAUCGAUAUUCCUUGAAAAAAAUACCAGUUAUAUAAGUUAUGUACGUUAAAAAAAAGGCCAUGCUAUGGUUAUCUUUUAUUACCCAGUAUCUUUUUGAACAUCUGAACCUUGCUGAAUUAAAAUUGCUAUUGAUCGAAUAACAUUAUGCGAUGUAUGAAUCGACCAUAUGUUUAGGUAAUCUUACAUUUGUGUUAAUCGACUGAACGAUUUAGGUACCGAAACAUUCAAAAAGCUUGCAAAUAUUUUAGUAAACAUAAAUCAUUUCCCUUUUCAAAGCAUGUUUUAGUUCUUAUAAAUACAUGACUUAAUUUAAAAAAAAAACAGCUUGGGAAAAGAUCAAUCUUAAAAUGACAUAUCUUCAAGGUUCAGUAUAUGUCGACAUAGUUAGGUUUUUAAGUGUGUUUUAUAAUUUUUUUGUGUAACCAAUCAAUAGAAAUGUUUUUGUAGCCUAUUAUAUAGAAGUAACAUCAAACAAUGAAAAGUGUUUAAUGAAUUUGUGUGUGUAUUUUUUGCAUUUUGUUAUGUAGACAUUUUAUUAAUGAAAACAAAAUUCGCAAGUGUGGUUUAAAAUUGACAUGAGCAUGUUUACACACAUUCGUAUUAUUUAAAAUUACUUUAAAACAUAUUGAUCUGAAAUAAAAUUGAACACAUUAUGCAUUAUACAUUUUAAAUAAAAAUUUAAAUAAAACAGCAAUAAACGUAAAUGUAUGA